UACAAUACCACUAUAAAUAAAAGAAUUUGGCACCAAAAAUUUUAGAGACGACUAAGUCCACUCACUCUGUUGAAAAGGUCAGAAAAAAGUAAAAAAAUAAAUAAAAAAAUCCACCAACUCAUAUUUUUACCAUCCCAAUGACACUAUAAAAAGACCUCAGUCCUCUCUUUCUCCUACACCACCAACUCUCGAUUCAUAUAUCCAAGUUUAAGUUAAAAUGGGUAGUUUCAACACAUUACUAUCAUUUCUGCUAGCCGCAGUUCUCAUAGCCGGGGCCCUUCAGACACGGGUAUCCGGCAAACUCUCCGACACUGUCACAGACGUGUUCUUCAACGGGAUCGCUAAUCAGGCUGGGGGAGGCUGCCCGGGGAGAGGGUUCUACACACGGGCAGCAUUUCUCGAGGCUGCCCGCUCCUAUCCACGCUUCGGGAACGUCGGCUCCGCCGAUGUUCUCAAGCGGGAAAUCGCAGCCUUCUUUGCUCAUGUCACGCAUGAGACCGGACAUAUGUGCCACAUAGAAGAAAUAAAUGGAGCAUCAAAAGCAGCAGAUUACUGUGAUAGGCAAAACAAACAGUAUCCAUGCAAAGCAGGCAAGGGUUACUACGGCAGAGGUCCGGUGCAACUAUCGUGGAACUACAACUACGGAGCAGCCGGAAAAAGCAUAGGCUUCGACGGUCUCAACCACCCGGAGAUUGUGGCGCGAGACCCCGUUGUCUCGUUCAAGACAGGUCUGUGGUUUUGGAUGAAUGAGUGCCACGGUAUCAUAACUUCUGGAAAAGGUUUCGGUGCGACGAUUCGCGCGAUAAACGGACCCCUAGAAUGUGAUGGGGCGAAUCCGAGCACCGUCACUGCUCGUGUUGGAUAUUACAGAGACUAUUGCAAACAACUAGGAGUUGAUCCCGGGAAUAAUGUUAGGUGUUAGAUUAGAUAGGCAUAGUUUAUUCUUAAUUAUCAAGUGUGUUUGUGUGUGGCUGAGCCAAGUGGUCACAAUUCGUCAUUCCUGCAAGUAUACAGGCUUAUAGUGAAGUGUUUAAUUCCUUAAGUUUGAGUAAUUAAGGUUUUAGCAUCCUUGUUUUAAUUUACAAUGGCUUGAAAAUGUGUUUCGAGGCUCAAUUUUGAGAAGCCAUCAUUUUAUAUCAGAGAGUUGUUGG